AUGGGUUUAUGUGAACUUGUAACUCAGAUUAAACAAAGCACAUGGCAAAGAUCAGAUAUCAAUUUCGAGAGAGACGUGCGUGAUCUCGGAAAACUAGAUAUACGAGAGAAGAAUAUACUGUUCAUGAUGUGUGGUUUUUUUCUCACAAUUGAUAGUGUUGUUAUUGAUUCAUUUAAUAACUCGCUUCUAAAAGAUCUUAAGAUCCUAUCAGUUCAUAACAGUCAAUUUAAGAAAGCGCUUGAAUUUAUUCAGAACAGAAUCGACAGGAAGAGGUUCAUGAUAAAUUCUACAAGGACAUGG